AUUUUUAUCUGUUUUGAGUCUUUUUGCUUUUUUAUCUCAAUCGUCUCUCGUAGCAGAAAAAUGUCAGAGAAAGGAGGCAAGGGGCUCAAAUCCUCUCUCAAGUCCAAAGAUGGAGGGAAGGAUGGGAGCUCAACAAAGCUCAAGAAGGGUAGAAAAAUCCACUUUGAUCAACGGACUCCACCUGCUAAUUACAAGAUUCUCAAUGUUUCUUCUGAUCAACAACCAUUUCAGAGUUCUGCUGCUAAAUGUGGGAAAAGUGACAAACCUACCAAGUCUAGCAAAAACUCUCUGCAUUCGUUUGAGCUCAAAGAUCUUCCUGAGAAUGCUGAAUGCAUGAUGGACUGUGAAGCUUUUCAGAUAUUAGAUGGAAUUAAGGGACAAUUGGUUGGCUUGUCUGAAGAUCCGUCUAAUUAAAAUUCCUGUAUCUUAUGACAGAGCAUUGGCUUAUGUUGAGAGUUGUGUUCACUACACAAACCCUCAAUCUGUCAGAAAAGUCCUUGAACCUCUGAAAACGUAUGGUAUCUCUGAUGGCGAGAUGUGUGUUAUUGCAAAUGCUUCUUCAGAGAGCGUAGAUGAAGUUCUUGCCUUUAUUCCAUCGCUGAAGACUAAAAAAGAGGUGAUCAAUCAACCUCUACAAGAUGCAUUGGAGGAGCUAUCCAAGCUGAAGAAAUCGGAAUGAUGAGCAGCAGACUGCUGCAGUGAAUGGUUCAAUGCUAGGAGUAGUUUGCAGGUAGACAUCAUAAAAUGUAAUUGCGUCUUUGCCUUUCUCAACAUUAACCAACCUGUGCAAUGGCAAUGGCAACUUUUGUCUAGU